CACACGCAAUCACAUUUCUGCUUCCAACAACUGUUGUGUUUCAUUUUUUUUCUUUCUUUUUUUUUCAGAAAAAAAAAAACACGUUACUCUUGUCUAGUUUUCUAAUUUUCGUUAUCGUGGUUAAUAAAAAUGGAAAUUUCUCCGGUUGAUGUGGCUGAUGGAGUGAAGAGGAGUGUGGAGGAGGGAGGGAGUGCGGCAGGGUUCGGUGGUGGGGCAGGGACGGUAAAGGAGUCGCGAAGACGACGGCACGGUGGCAUAUCAAUCGCGCACCACGCCAAAAUAAUACGCCGCUGAAAAUCCGUUUUCAGUGCCCGCUGAAACGGAGCUGCGCGAAAGCUGCUCUUUCAUACACACUCACACACAUCCAAAAGAUGCAUUUCAGUUUAUUGUUUUUGCACAUAGUCCUGCUGAGUCAAUUAGUGGGCAGUAAAUCCAGGUCGAAGGAUCAGAAAUUAACCAGCCCAUUUUACGAUCUGUACCCUUCUGACAAACUACCCGGCGAUGUGCAGAUCACUACGUUUCUAUACAAGGAACAACCUAAAAUGUUUUUCUAUUGGUCCACCGUCAACCACGGUCAUUUGUCUUUGACUGUCAUCACCUGUUCUUCACCCGUCAACUGGAUGGUCACCUACAACAACACUGAUCCAUCGUCAAACUCGGAUAGACAGUACAAGGGAACGGUGCAAGAAGGAAUGGACACGCAACACUUUACGUCACUUGAAGGAUUGUACGUUUUGAAACUUGUGUCCAAAGAAACGGAUACUUACGUACACGUUUACAUGAGCACGGAACUAGGCGGGCCGCAGGCCCUUCAAACAUCGAAAUUUAUGCAAAUCAAACUGAUUAAAAGACCCAAGAAAAGGGUUACGGUCAAAUGGGAGACGAGUUUGGUGGAUCCGCAAGGUACCGAUUAUUGCCUUGUCGUGAGCUCCAAAAAGAACCACAAGUCUUUGUGUAACGCCCAGGUCGAGAGAUACGGUCCAGACUUCAUGAAACAAUCGAGACUUCCGGCAGCAGCCAGCCAAACCAUCAUCAACUGGCAACCAGACGCAAAAACCACCGACAACCAAGAUCCGGCAAUCGUAUGCGUGAACAAAAAAACUCAAUACACAGUCUCCAAUCUGAAUCAAGGCGUGACCUACUACUUCGACGUAUUCGCCAUUAACCACCAGUCUAAUUUAACCUACCCGCAAGGUAGUACAUCCUUGAAAUUCGACCAAAGGACCAAACCGACUACUUUGAAAGAUGCAAAAGCCACGUUCGCCAACCUUAAAAAACUAGACGGCAAAGCCGUAUUCAAAUUUAAGGUGAAUCGCAAAUCCGAAUCGUCGUUGGAACUCUUUAUAAUGCCUUGUGGCGGAGCUGUGAAUGUUACGGUUAAUCUCCAAGGCAAUCCUGUUGCUUCCAAACGGGGAAUUGAAGGCUUCGGACGGUUGAGAAUACCACAACCAAAACCCAAAGCCAGGUAUUAUAUUAAAGUCUAUUCGAGUAACAGAGAAGAGUUAAGAAAGACUUCAGGAGUUGAGAUUUACGCAACCACUAAAUCUUUAUCGAAAAUUCCCCUGCCAAACAUUCCGUCCGAACCUAUUGUUGAAGAGUAUGUAUCGCUCAGGAGGUGCGAUAGUGUUACGAUAGGUUGGUUGUCUUCUCCUGGUCAAAAGUCUGCUCAUUAUUGUUUGGUGGUUAGAGAAGGGAAAGUUAGAGAGAUGGAGAAUUACGAAAUGCCCAAUCAGUGUGGUUUGGAGAGUAGAUUGAGGAAAUCUGCUGAUUUUGCCUUAAAAUAUUGCAAGGAUAUUAAACAUGAAAAGGAGCAAGUUGUUACAGAAAGGAUCAGCCAUUUAAAACCUAACAAAAGCUACAUAAUACAAGUCACAGUGAAAAAACCUAGGGGAAAGAGUCUUUCAUAUGAUUUACUUCAAGUGCACACCCUUUCUUCUUGUAGGAAACAUCAGUACGUCGAAGAAACUUGAAAUUAGUUUCAUAAAGAUAUGGAAAGCAAAAUUUUGGGGCGACAUCUAAAACAGUUUAAGAGCUGAAAGAAAAAAGUGUCUAUAAAACUCUUUGUUUUAAUUUGUACCUAAUUUUAAUAAUAGGCUUGAAGUUGUAUAUUUAUUGAAUAUUGUACAGUUAUUGCAAUAAAAUGAUUAUCCCUUGUAAUAACAA